CUCUCUCUCUCUCUUAUCAUCAGCAUCAGCAUCAGCAUGAGCUUCUUGAGCAUGGUGGAGGCGAGACUGCCGCCGGGGUUCAGGUUCCACCCACGGGACGAGGAGCUGGUUUGUGACUACCUCAUGAAGAAGGUCAGCGGCGACGGUAGCCUGUGUGGUUGUCCGGCCAUGAUCGACGUUGACCUCAACAAGUGCGAGCCAUGGCACCUUCCCGAGGUGGCAUGUGUGGGCGGCAAGGAGUGGUACUUCUUCAGCCUCCCGGACAGGAAGUACGCCACCGGGCGGCGGACGAACCGAGCCACGGAAUCAGGCUACUGGAAGGCGACGGGGAAAGACCGGCAGGUGAGCCGACGAGGAGUGCUCGUUGGCAUGAGAAAGACGCUGGUGUUCUACCGAGGACGGGCUCCCAGGGGAAGGAAGACCGAGUGGGUCAUCCAUGAGUUCCGCAUGGCAGCAUCUGGCGAUCCACACGAGUUCUCUCUCAAGGAAGAUUGGGUCUUGUGUAGAGCAUUCCACAAGAGCAGGGGAGUCACCUCCGACCCAGUAGCCACGGAGGCCGGCGACGACGACACACCCUCUUCCUCCCUCCCUCCUCUCAUGGACAACCACAGCACCUUCCAACAAGCCCUGCCGAGCUCAGAAGGUUAUCAGCAAGUGUCCUGCUUCUCCAACCUCAGCCCACACACAGCACCACAAGCAACUAGUGCACCUCCUCCUAUCUCCAUGGUGGAAAGAAGCCUCCAAACCAUAAGCUCACCUCGUAUGGGAGGAUUACUUGACAUGGGCUAUUCUGAUAAGGUCAUACUCUCUGCGUUGAACCACCGCACCAAGUCUGAGGGCGAUCCAUGGAGGGAGGUCCCUCCAAGCAUAGCUUCAAGAAUCUUAGGUAGCUACAUCAGUGGGAAUGGCUCGCCAUAUAUGUGGAACCCUUUUUAGUCAGGUUAUGGAAAUGUUGUUGUUCAUGCACACACAUAAACUCCAUGGCUUAUAGUUCUUAUCAUUGGACAGUGCUAUUCCUCGUGCAGUGGGAAGAAGACGUAUAUUAUGUUCGAGUUUGGCACAUGCUUCUUGCGAGUGAACUCUAGUUCAGCAAUGGUUAAGAUCCAAGAAGAGGAUCCAACAUUAGUUUUCA